UCUCCACCGCCUCUUCCUCCUCCUAGUUCUUGCUCGGGUCCAGUGCGCGCGCGCGCGUACGCACGCACACAGAUGAGAACACUGAGAAGCAGCUGAGGGAUUUCGGUGGGUGGAUUAUCCGUUUGUUGACCUGCUGAACAAACAAGAGUUGCCAUGGAAACUACUUCUCUCUUCCUCUCCUCACUCCUCAUUUGUGUGGCUGCUGUAGCAGACGUCGAUGUUCAGGAUGAACCUGAAAAGGAGGAAAACCCUUUUGUCUAUGACUACGAGAGUCUGAGGAUUUGUGGACUGGCUUUAGCUGUGGUGCUGUUCACACUGGGAAUUCUGCUCAUUCUCAGUCGACGGUGCCGCUGCAGUAUCAACCAGAAACCCAGGGCCCCCGGAGACGAGGAGGCGCAGGAGGAAAACCUCAUCGUCUCAAAGGCCGCAGCAGCUGCCAAAGAGACUCCGGCAGAAAACUGAGGCAGCUCCUCCUCCGUCAGCUCACACUGCCUUCUGAUUUUAUUUGACAUGAAUCCCCCGCAUCAUAGCUAUUACUAUUAUAAGUGGUGACACAACUAGGUAAGGGUAAUAAUAAAGUGUGUAUAUAAAUAAUAUGCCCUGAAGACAAACUUUUACCCCGUUUUGCUUUGUCGUGACCGUAGCAGUCCUCGGUGCUCUUGUCUCUUCUUGUGCCUUCAUGUAGACGUCUCUUUCUUUGAUUAUACUGUAGCACUGUCUAUGCUGUCUCAGCUUUGUGUCUGUAUGGUGUGGUGGUCUUUUUUUUUUUUUUUUUUUUGUACUCCAGCUACUGCUUUAUAGAGUUUAGCCUUUUAGGUAGCGGUUUACAACUAUGAAAGGGCUUAUGAAUGGUUUAUAAAUGGGUUAGUAACACAUUAUUAAGCCUUAAUAAACUACUGGAUAUCAUUAAAUCACAUGACACCACAUGAAGCUCUACUGCUUUGUCUCUUGCACUAGUAGGCUCCGAUGCGGGUGGACUGCAACCCUCUUAAUCAUAACAGCAACAGUUAAUGCCUAUCCUGUGAAAACCUAUGCGGUCCCCUAUAGCUGGAGCCCCAUCUCGUUGGUCGAUGCACCACUAGGCCCCCAAUGCAAAUGGACUGCAACCUUAUUUAAUCGUUACAGCAAGAGUUACCGCAAUGCUGAUCAAGCCUAAACAAUUCUUUCUAACUUGUUUGAUUGAAAACUUAUGACGUAAACUGGGCCAUCUUACCCUUCCCGGGAAAGUAAUUAGACUACAGUUACUUCCUCAAACCAACAAUAGUUACUUUUGCAUCAUCGUCUCUCACCAAAUUCUAAUUUGUAGCUGGUGAUUUGAACAAAGAGUCCAGCUGUGCAGACGCAAUUAACCGAGACCGUUCUUCUUUUAAACAACUACAAGAGAGCGACUGGGAAGUGAUUGUUUAUUACACAAUGCACAGUGACCAUGCAAUACCAUAAAAUUGCAAAGAAAUGCACGAUUUCACUGUCGCCACACUGCUUUUGUUAUUUUCCUUUGUAAAAAGUGUAUUUGAUUGUUGUUACUUUUUUAUUUACACAUUAAGAAUAUAGUUUUACUGGCGUCUAAAACGCGCAAUGCAUUGUGGGUUAAUUAUUCAUACCGAAGUGCGCGGUCAUAAAUCGCUCAUGGAGGGUAAGGACUGACUCACUGAAGGACUUACAAUACUUAGCUUAAAUAGUAUUUACAAUGAAAAGUGAGAACUCUCAACUUCGUCUGGAGUCCGGGUUGUGAGCUGCUUGCACGUAGUAAGAAAAAAAAGUUGUCUCGCUCUUCGCAUCAAAAUUACUGUGGUGGGAGCAAUAGUGUGUGUGUGUGUGUGUGUGUGUGUGUGUCACUCACUUUCACGUUUACGUACAUGCACGCACAAACACACGGUUGCCUUCAUAGACCACAAUCGGCAUCCAUCUAUCUGUUGAGAGUCUUUCAUCAUUCUGUAACUUUUGUGGGGCACAUUACCAAGUAAUAGGGACGGUUAAGUUAAUGCUUUUUUUGGUACUGUGGAUCAGUGAUAUCCCUACCACUUGGCGGCUGCUGAAAGUAACUAAAAAGUAACUUUUUUCUAACUUUGUUACUUUUGAAAGCAAGUAAUCAGUAAAGUCACUAAGUUACUUUUAAGCUCAAGUAAUCAGUAGCCAAGUUAAUUUUUCAAGGUAACUGUGGCAACACUGGUGGCCAAUUCUUGACACACAGCAAAGUCCCAAUACAGAGUCGUUAACUUUACAGUCCAGACAGAGAGGCUUUGAAGAUUGGGAAUUGGUUUGGAGACCAAGUCAUGAAAAGCUCUGCAAUCCAAAGGAAGCGAAACAGGGAAACUCACACUUCAUUGUCGUUUUAAUCUGUAAUUCACAGAGAGUAGGAUGGGGAAACUCACACUUUAUUGUUUUGGUAGAACCCCCAAAAAACAUAGGAACAGGCAGAACGUGCUAAGGCAGAACUCAUGGCAGAAGGCAGAGGUGAUUCCCAGUAGAAAGACGAGGCAGGAAGGGCAGAGGCAGACCGGGUCGGCAACAAAAGAUCAUUCCACGGAGAUCUCGCUUGGACGCGUGUCAAAUCAAUCUGGCAAUGACUGCGUCAUCAGCAGAGCCUUAGAUGGGUGGGCUGGAACUGGGCUGACAGACUAGGGUGGGCAUGGCUGACCGGCUGACUGGUUAGGACACACUGCGACAUGUGCUGCCCCUCCACAAAGUUUCAUGGAAAUCGGUUGUGUAGUUAGGUGUAAACUUGGUAACUAACGAACAAGCAACAAUGACGGAAUUAGCUUACCAAAUAUUGAGCCCACACCUUGUUGCUGAAAUCUGUUAAGUCAUGUAUAACUGUUUAUUAAGGCUUCAUAAUGAUUUACUAUUCAUAAGCAUUUGUAAACUCUUAAGUGUUGUGUGUCACUGGAUUUGUUAUGGGUUUUUUUCCCUCUCUAUUGUCAAUUGUCCUUGGAAAUGUUUGCUGUACAAUAUAAAUAUAUAUAAUAUUUAAACGUACAGAUGUCUUACAGACAACUAAUAGUUUGUACGUAUGGAAGUGUGUGUCUUUGCAAACACACACAUGUGGAUACGUGCGUGUAAGUGUAUAAGGUUGAUGUAUGAGACAAUUGGACCUGCUCACAUCCACUGCAGUAUGUUUACAAUAUUGUGGAGCUACCGUAUCAGCUGUCUCACUGCCGUACCCUCUUAAAAAAAUAAUAUAUAUAUAUAUAUAUAUAUAUAUAUAUAUAUAUAUAUAAAUAAAAUAAAAUAAAAUAAAAAAAGAAGAAAUCUUCUCAUUGGUCCUCCUCCUCUAUUUGUCCUUAAGGGAACAUCGAGUGCACCAUCACUCUGUAGCCCACCUGUAGACCAUCUAUUUAUUUUCUACUUAUCCAAGAAGACAUUUAAAUGACAAUUAAAAGUCACAAAAACAAAACAUCACCUGUGAGACUCAUCUGAACUGUGACUCAUCUGUUUUAAAGAGACACGCCCUUUGUCCAAUCGUCGCAUGAGGCCUUGUGGUGUCGCAACAUAUCGUGCUUUUGGCAUACAUUACGAAUAAAUCUGUCUGAAGACUCACAA